CUCCCCCCCACCGUCCGCCGCGCACCGCGCAUCAUCGCCCCCUCUCUUUUCCCCGCCCGGAGGCUAAUACCGAUGUGAUGCAGGCACCAGUUUUAUCUUGACGAAACGAGGUCUCAUACAAACAGCAGAUCGAACGGGCUUCGAGGGCGAUGGGUACACGUAUCUGAAGAAUCCGAUCUGGUGGGCGGGGAUGAUCACCAUGGUUUUGGGAGAAAUUUCGAAUUUUGCGGCAUACGCUUUUGCGCCGGCGAUCCUGGUGACGCCGUUGGGAGCUCUGAGUGUGUUGGUUGGAGCGGUGUUGGGAACAUAUUUCCUCAAGGAGGAAUUGGGAACUCUGGGGAAGCUGGGGUGUGCGAUUUGCUUAAUAGGCAGUGUCAUCAUCGUGUUGCAUGCGCCGCCGGACGAGGAGAUUGACCGGAUCGAUGAGAUACUUCACUAUGCCAUCCAGCCUGGUUUCCUCUUUUACAUCGUACUCGUCAUCACCUUCUCGCUGGUCAUGAUCUACAAGAUAGCACCGAAAUACGGAAAGAGGAACCCACUCAUCUACAUCUCGAUCUGCAGCACCGUUGGCUCGUUGACGGUCCUGAGCUGCAAGGCGUUCGGAAUCGCGGUCAAGUUGACCUUCGCCGGGAUGAACCAGUUUGUGUAUCCCAGCACAUACGUCUUCAUUAUUGUCACGGGAGUCUGCAUUCUCACGCAGAUGAACUACUUCAACAAGGCGCUGAGCCAGUUCUCGAGUUCCAUUGUCAAUCCCAUCUACUACGUCACUUUCACCACCUUUACACUGGUCGCCUCGUUUGUUCUGUUCCGCGGCUUCAAUACCAACGAUCCUGUCAACACGAUUUCACUGCUCUGCGGGUUCCUGAUCAUCUUUACGGGUGUAUACCUACUCAACUUGUCGCGCACCGAUCCACAUGGAAAGCACAAUGGCGCAAACGGAAGUGCGCUGCCGUUCGACGAUGGAAUCCCGACGGACGGAAUAUCGGGAAUGCAUAGCAGACACAGCAUGCAGAUGCGUCGAAGCGAUACGUUCACUAAUGCUAGUGUCACGGGGCGGAGAAGUAGUGCUGGACAGAGAUUACUGGGACGCGAACAUGACGAAGAGGCUGCGGUGGGAUUGAGGGGUCUCACGGAGGACAGUGACGAGAGCGAGUCUGAAAUGGAUAGUCCAAGCCGUGGACACACACGGCGGUGAUCACGAUUGGGUGUAGAAGGGAAUGUAGAUCGUGUAUUGUUUUGUGUCCAUCUUCUUUCCGGAUUUUUAUUUGUUUUGCCGUCUUUUCUCUGGUUAUGGGUUUGGCUUUGGGUCGGGCUGUCUGUUCUUGUUUGUCUCCUGUGUAUGUUUUUUCCUGUUCUUUUGUCUGUGGCUUUGUGGGGUUCAUUUCUUAUCUUAUUUGGGAGGGGGAUCACGAUUUUUCUUUUGUUUUCUUUCCUUCCUCCACUCGAGUCCCAGACUCACUGCCUGGUGGCGGAUGGGAGGGUUGGCGCGCGGGGAGUACUCUAGCUUUUAAGUAGGAUCUGAAAUAAGUAGAGUAUGUAGGUAGACUGUGUAUAGGGCGAGGGAACCGGAUCUGAGCUUCCCCAGUGGGGCAGCGGGAAAGCAAAGCAA